AUGAAUUAUCCAAAUUCACAGAAGCGCGAUGUCGAUGGCAACGAGAGAAUAGCCGAGCCUAUAAUCCUUCGCCAACCGGGCUUCGUGAAUGAUGUCCGCCUCAAUGUCUUCGGCCAAGUGUAUUAUGCUCACUCCGUGAUCUUAAAACUAAAAUCCAAAUAUUUUCGGUCAACUUUUGAAUGGGGAGAGAAUCAUGCAACUCCAUCAGGAAAGUUUCGUUAUGAUUUUACCUCUGUAGUUGAUGAAGAUGGAUUUUGGCUCAUGGAACUAAUCAAACCGACUUCGAAUUCCGGAAACCUCACGAAUACAAACAAACUAGUAGCCCCACAAACUGAAGAAGGAGAAAGACGCGCUUUCGAAGCCGUACUCUUCGCUUUUUAUAAUAGACCAUACGCCAUUCGCGACUUUGAAAGUUUCAAGGACAUCGUCCGCUCGGCAGAUUCCUUGUGUGCCCGUCCUGCCCUUUCACAUACUCUGGAUUCCGCAUUCCACAGAAGUCUCGGAUUUACUGAUACGAUCUGUCAAAACAGCGAUUCUUUGAUUCGAAUCGCUAAACAGUUGCACCACCCUGUUCUCUUCCGGGAGUGCUUAAUCUACGAAGUUUCAAAGGCAAAAAGUACCGCUGGCAAAGAACAUUGGAAAUCAAAGUUCGAUGACGACGAAGAUAUCAAAUCAUGUUUCAUUAAAGCACUCCAGAGUGUUGACCACAUACGGGAUUCAGUUGAUUGUGGUAUCGAUGUUUUUAGCAGAGACUAG